GCGCCGUCAACUUCAAAAUCGGCGUCGCGUUCACAGCAGCAAAGGAGGCCCAGGUUUGCGCCGGAAUUGGACGGCGUUCACUGUUUCGAAACAAUUAUUCCUUAUUGAUUUUAUAUGAAGUGCAAAAAGAUUGAAAUUCUUUAUUAUUGUUUGAUUGUAAUUAGCAAACGGCCAUGUAACAGUAAAUCACGGAGGUUGAUACAAUUUAGUAGUAUUAAGUCUGAUAAUUAACUUGUUUGAACAACUUCGAUUCA